GUCAACUUGCAGCAGAUGCAUAAAAACCGUUACGACAGCAACAAGCAAACGGCCGGAGAAGCAACCAUAAAACCCAACAACAAGUCUACAACAACCAAACGAAAUGUGGCCGACACACACGCAAACGCACGUCACAACUUUGUUGCAGCUCUUAAUACAAAGAUACUUCGCACAAUUCUCCUCAGUGCUGAUUGUCCAUGAUGGGCGCGUUGACGCAGACAGCGCCUUGCAGCGGGAAUACCUCGAGGCGGUGCAGCUGGCGUUCCGCAAUCUGUCCCAGCAGGGACGCCUAAUUGGACUGCAAUGGAUUGAUGUCAGUCAACUGGAUGGCAGUGGCGGUGGCAGCGCUAGCUGUCGCAGCAGCAACUGCGGAGACAGUUACAACAACACAUGCGCUGACAAUUUGGCCUACAACGAUGAGUUGGAGCUGUGUGUGCUGCGCGCCGUUGACAUUGUAACCGAGGGUUUCAUCACCAUUCUUUCGGACACAGUGCGUUUCCUGCACGCUCGCUACUUUGCCACACGCAACGCGGAGUUACGCCUCAAGGAUAAAUUUUAUCUCUUUUUUUGUGAGCAUGAACGUCCCGAGGAGUUGCUAUCAACCGAGAUACUGCAGUUUUACCCGCACCACCUUAUGGUGACACCGGAAACGCUCACGGCACAACAAAGCGACAACCCACAAGGUAUUUCUAACAAAACAAAAGUCAAUUCAAAGUAUACUCACCAAAUAACCAAUACAACAGCAACAACUAAACUAACUAAACCAACAACUACAACAAUGCCGUUAUCCACACUCGCCACGGCAUCUCCAAGCGCGCACCGCGACAUCAACAUCCAACUGUGGACACAAAAGUUUGUCGGCGCCAGCGGCAAUUUAGAAGCGCUGCUGCUGGACGCAUUCUUGCCGAACGAAACUUUUGCCCGGAACGCCGAACUUUACCCAAAUAAAGUUAACAAUCUGCGAGGGCGCACAAUCCGUGUCGGCUCCAUUACAUACAUACCAUAUGUGGUGGCUAAUUAUGUGCCGGCUGGUAUAGGCGAUGUUGACGCGUUAAAUUCCAGCGAUUACAGUCGUACUAUCUCCUAUUUGGGUUCUGAAGCAGAGCUUAUGAAAUCUUUCUGUGAAGUGCGCAAUUGUCAUAUACGCUUGGAACCAUAUGGUGCUGAUAACUGGGGAUAUAUUUAUGAAAACGAGAGCGCGACCGGUAUGUUGGGUGAUGUGUACACACAAAAUGUCGAAGUGGCCAUCGGCUGCAUUUACAACUGGUACAACAACAUCACGGAAACUUCCAACAUCAUUGCACGAUCAUCUGUAGCUAUUUUGGGACCAGCGCCUGCACAAUUUCCCGCUUGGCGUGCCAACAUAAUGCCAUUCAGUAACGCCCUCUGGAUUUUCUUAAUACUGACGAUUCUACUUUGUGCCGCCGUUAUGUAUCUCAUUCGUUUUGUAGCCUCGCUGCUGGACAAAUGGCUUAGGGGUGUACAGUGUGAAUUUCAACAUCUAACAGCAUUUGGACAAGCGACAUUGGAUAUGUUUGCGGUUUUCAUACAACAGCCAUCCGGGCCGACAAGUCUAAACACGUUUGCCGCCCGUUUCUUUCUGGCGAUGAUACUCUGUGCCACUAUUACUUUAGAGAACACCUAUAGCGGUCAAUUGAAAUCCAUACUAACCGUACCGCUAUUCACCGAAGCUGUUGAUACUAUGGAAAAAUGGUCGAAAACGGAUUGGACUUGGUCGGCGCCAUCCAUUGUAUGGGUCCAAACUAUAGACAGCUCAAAUAUCGAGAAAGAGCAAAUAAUGGCCGAGAAAUUCGAAGUGCGCGACUAUGAUUUUCUAUACAAUGCCAGCUUUCGUUCAGACUACGGGCUGGGCAUCGAACGUCUUAUGAGUGGGUCUUUUUCUUUUGGUGAUUAUGUUACAGCGCCUGCUUUAGAAACAAAAAUCGUAUCAAAAGAUGAUUUAUACUUUGAUUGGACCCGUGCUGUCUCCAUAAGGGGCUGGCCAUUGAUGCCGCUUUUCGACAAACAUAUACGCGCGUGCGUUGAAACGGGACUCUUCGUGCAUUGGGAAAGAAAGAUUGUGGCAAAAUACUUGAAUCGGCAAACACAGGAAAUUAUGCUGAACUUGGCCUCGGGGCACAUCAACAAAUUACCACCACAAAAGCUAACGAUAGAAAACAUUUCGGGCGCCACAUUUACAUUGCUCUUCGGCUGCCUGAUUGCGAGCUUCGUAUUUGUGCUGGAACUGACUGCUCAUUACUUUAAUAAAUUUCAAGGCUUGUGUAUUCAAAGAAAUGAAAAAAGCGAAAACUGAAUUAUUUCAAGUUAGUCAAAUUACUAUUGAAAAUGUUGCUUGGAAAAUGUAAAAAUAAAA